AUGAUGGCGGCUUGGUACGAGCAGACGGUUGAUGGAGUGCUGUUGGAUAUUACUGGCGUCCUAUACAACAGCGGGCCUGGUAGAGGUUCCGUAAUUCCAGGAUCCGUUGACGCUGUGGAUAGACUGCGCCAGGCAGGACUACCUAUAAGGUUCUGUACAAAUGAAACCACCAGCACAAAGUCAGCUCUUGUGGAGAAGCUCCAGUUUCAUGGAUUCAACUUGACUGAGGCUGAUGUGUUUCCUCCAGCUCCUGCCGUCUGCAGCAUCUUGAAACGUCGCCAUCUACGCCCUUUUCUUCUCCUUCAUCCGAAUGCAAGAGCAAACUUUGCGGACAUCGACACAAGUAACCCAAACUGUGUUGUCAUGGGAGAUGCAGUGGACGAGUUCACCUAUGAGAACAUGAAUAAAGCCUUCAAGUUGCUGAUGUCCCUGGAGGAACCUGUCCUCAUCUCCAUGGGUAGGGGGAAGUACUACAAGGAGGACAAUGAGAUUGUCCUGGACCUAGGGGCCUUCAUGAAGGCAUUAGAGUAUGCAUGUGAUAUUGAGGCUGAAGUUGUGGGAAAGCCAUCACCUUCUUUCUUUAAUGCUGCUUUGGAGGACAUGGGUGUGACCUCUGACAAGGUGGUGAUGGUUGGUGAUGAUGUUGUAAAUGACAUUGGUGGAUCCCAGGCAUGUGGGAUGAGAGGUGUACUAGUCCGCACAGGUAAAUACAGACCAUCAGAUGAGCAGCACCCUACAGUGAAACCCUCUGGUGUUGUGGACAACUUAGCUCAGGCUGUGGACUUAAUACUAAAACACAGAUAGUGUCUGCUGCUACAGAGUUGUCCCCCCUAUGUAACCGACACUUUGAUAUUCUUCGGAGAGGGUUGGGUGUGUGAUUUUGUAUGAAGACUAGAUACAUUUUUUUUAAUCAACAUGAAGCUUAUUUUUUAUUUUUAAAAAUAUUCUCUUUGGUAGUUGCAGUUUUCAAGCAUUUUCAGGGCAGAUUUUUUUCCAAUGAAUUCCAAUGCCUUUCCCAGAAGAUCAAGUGGUCAGUUCGUUAGUUGUGUGAAUUCUGUGAUGAUGGAGCGCCGCUUGCUCCCGGUUUGGCGCUUACUGUCGGAGUGCCACUUGCCUCCUAUAAGCCGCUUGCUCCCAGUUCGGCGCUUACUGUCGGAGCGCCGCUUGCUUCCAAUGCGUCGCGAGCCCAGACCGGACCUGAUUAAUAUUUGGUUCGUCAGCUUGGUUCCUUGGUUUCACCAAAGGGGUAAGCCCCAUGAUCUGUCUCAAUUUUGGCUUCCUACAUGAAGCUGACAAGUCAUGAUUUGACUGAAAUACUGGUCCUAGUCACACACUCACCCUUUGAGCAGCUACAGUGAGGGAAAAAACACAGACAGUGGCAAUAGGUACUCACUGCUGUCACUGUGUGACCUGCCUUGUUCCAAUUACCAAAGAAUGCAACUAUAUAUUCCAGAUAUAAACUACUUAUAUGUAAUGUCAGGUAUAGUCAUAGUAUUGGCUGCUAGAUGAAUAGUCUGCCAAACAGACCCUAUAACAAAUGUAUGCAACAGCCCAUGCAUGUCUAGAUUACUGCAUUUUCUGAAAAUAGAGGUCUCUGGACUCAUUUUUAUUACAUUUCAUUAAGAUAAUUUAAGAUUUUUUUCUCUAUGAAAUAUGUUCAUUUCAGAGACUUGAAAUUAGUCAACAUGACAAAUACUGGGGUAGAAUAAUCAGGAUCACAUAUUGUUUUACUCUCCUAAUCGGGUGGCAUGCCAUUUAAUCUUCCUGUGUUAUUUUCAAUAAAGAAAUGUUAGUGUAAUAUUUGGAACCAUUUGUGAAACAGAUUGUUGUUAGAUUGUUUUAAUACAUAUACCAUGCAAAAACCUCAGGUUAAUAAUACUAAUACCAUAAUACUGCUCAACACUUAGUGCCACGGGAACAUAUAUGGUCCUGCACAUUUCAGCUCCUCCCCUCCCCACCCUAUACCUGCCCAUAGUGCCAUUUCAAACCCCCUUAGUACCACGGGAACAUAUAUGGUCCUGCACAUUUCACACCCCCUUAGUAUCAUGGGACCUGUAUAGUCCCUCAUAUUUCACACCCCCUCAGUACCAUAUAUAUAUUCCUCACACAUCCCCGUUUGUACCAUGGUACCAUAU